CGGAAAGCUUAUCUCAACCAGCAUAAAGUACGUGUGGCCCCUUCUGCCAUUCGUCCAGUUAGACAUCCGAACCGCCCUCCGAUUCUUGCUUUGGAUGUUCCACCGUGAUUGUAAGGCUUUCUGAAUUCUGGGCAGUCAGCAUUCGCAACCACAACUUGGAUAUUGUGACUGCUAUCGACGAAUAGCCCUAAAUCCCAGGGUCUGGUGUUUCCCACCAUGAAUUCACAUAAGAAUGGCGGUUUGCUCGCCUCUUACAUCAUAUCAGAGAAUCUUGCUGGCUUCUGCCGAUGCGUACAAUACCCGACACUGCUCGUGGAGGAGACGUAGUAAACGUAGAAAGAGGUAGGUUUGCUAAUUUAACUUCGGGUGUUUCGCCCUUUCAUAGUCCUUCGAUCUGUUCCAAAAUCUAUGAUCUCAACAUCCCAAACCGCUUUUCGUCAUUUCAAUUCAAUCUCGUGCUACAGACGAGAUGCCUCGCUACACAUCAUCUUCUCCCUCCAUUUCGCCGACCUCACGUACCUACGCAUCAUCCAACUCUCAUCGCAGUAGCGUUUCCUCAGACUCUGGGCCACCGCGUCAACACCGACCAGUACCGGCUCAUUCAGAUAGUGGCAAAGACAUACUCAAGACCUCCUUGGUUUUCCUUGGUGUCAUCGGAGCUGCUUCAAUCGCGGCUUCUAGAUACUGGCCCAAGGGUGUCUUAUACGGGGAGAAAGAAACAUGGACCCACGACGCCAAAGAAGCCAAAGAAGAAGUCAAACAUAUCAUGAAGGGUGAUAGGAGUCACCGGAGAAGGCCUCGUGACAUCGGACACGGCGACCAAGAUGCCUUCAGACGCAGAAGACCUCCCCACGUUACCGUAAGAGACGAGCCGGUAGCUCCGGGACCUGCUGAUCGAAAUAUAUAUGUUGGCCCGGCUCCGUCUCCGGCUCGGAAAUCCGAGGAUGACAGGAGAAAUCGAAGCAGACAACGCGUGCUUGAUCCCCAAGAAAGACGAAGGUUUAGCGACGAACCGCUCAGGUCGCAGGAAUUCAAGGGUUCACCAUCUGUGGAGUGAUAAGAUUCGCAUUCGAGAUUGGCCAUCUUCAGCGGCGGGCUUCAUAGGCCUAGAUAUUGUAAAACAUUCAUUACACAGAAUAGAGAUAAUCGUGGUUUCAUGAUUCCUUACUCUCAUAAUCAAAUUUGAGGGAUGGGCAUGUUUCUUUUUUUAAAAAAAAAAAUGUAUGAAGGCUAUUUUGUCUGAAUGUUUCCAUGUGUCUUUAUAGAGCAGUUGGACUGGCAAACUCGGUUUAAACUGCUUCCACCUUGGGCUGACCUAUAGGAGUCAUUGGCAAAGCAAGUGACGAUGCCAUUCACGUAAGACCCGAUUUUACUGUUAAAAAUAUAAAAAUGACCAUAAUAACCUAGAAACGUGAUCAAGUCUAGUAAUAGGACUC